AUGGCGCUUAAUAGCUUAGGAGGAGGGGAUACCAAGAGGGGGGAGGGGGAGGUCCAGAGCUCCGGCGCCGGGACUCGGGAUUCGGACAGUGGUUCUGGAAACAUCCCGAGGGACGUUGAGGAUAAAGUUUACGGGGAGUACAGUGAGUACGAGAGAAUCAACCAAUGGGAGGAGAGCGCGAGGGUGUCGUCGUCCAAUCAGAACGCAGAGCCGGGAGUGACGUCACAGCACGUUCAACAAUUGAGUCAUCUCUCCCCGCCUUUCCAGGAAGUUUCCGUUUCUUCUUCUGAUGACAGAGUAGACAGCAAAUCGCAAUCCCAACAGAAGAAAGCCUCGUGCAAAUCAAGAGCGAAAAGAAAACCACGCAUCUUGUUCACUCAGGCGCAAGUAUACGAGCUGGAGCGAAGGUUCAAGCAACAGCGCUAUCUGUCGGCGCCGGAGCGUGAACACAUGGCCAACUCCAUCAAAUUGUCGCCCACCCAAGUGAAGAUUUGGUUCCAGAACAGAAGGUACAAGAACAAGAGGUCAAGACCUCCAGAACCGCCAAAACUCCCUUGCUACUCCGACCCUCCAUGUAAACCUACCCCCUCCUUUCCUCUUUACCCCCCUCCGCCGGAGUACCCUCUGGACUACCCCCUUCCGUCGUUCGACCACACAGCUUCCUACAAACAGGAGUGGACGUGA